GAAGACUCCCGCUGUCUGCGUGGGCCUGGGCGCGGCGCGGACCGGGCAUGCGCAGAGCGCGCGGGCGCGGUUGCCGUGGCGGCGCCGGCUGAGGGGAGGGAGACCGGCUGUCGGAGACCGCGGCGGGGUCACGGAGAGCUCACGGCCGGCCGGAGGCGGCGACGGGCAGAAUUGAGCGGCGGGGCGCGGUGCUCGGCCCGCGGGGAUGCGGGACCGGCUGCCAGACCUGACGGCGUGUCGGAAAAAUGAUGAUGGGGACACAACUGUUGUUGUUGAAAAAGACCAUUUUAUGGAUGAUUUCUUCCAUCAGGUUGAGGAGAUCAGAAACAGUAUAGCUAAAAUAGCUCAGUAUGUUGAAGAAGUAAAGAAAAACCACAGCAUCAUUCUUUCUGCACCAAACCCAGAAGGAAAAAUAAAAGAAGAGCUUGAAGAUCUGAACAAAGAAAUCAAGAAAACUGCUAAUAAAAUUCGGACCAAGUUAAAGUCUAUUGAACAAAGUUUUGAUCAGGAUGAGAGUGGGAACCGGACUUCAGUGGAUCUUCGGAUACGAAGAACCCAGCAUUCAGUGCUGUCUCGGAAGUUUGUGGAAGUUAUGACAGAGUAUAAUGAAGCACAGACUCUCUUUCGGGAGCGAAGCAAAGGACGUAUACAGCGGCAGCUAGAAAUAACGGGAAAGACCACCACCGAUGAUGAAUUAGAAGAGAUGCUGGAAAGCGGAAAUCCCUCCAUUUUCACGUCCGAUAUUAUAUCAGAUUCACAGAUUACUAGACAGGCUCUCAAUGAAAUUGAGUCUCGUCAUAAAGACAUCAUGAAACUGGAGACCAGCAUCCGUGAGCUGCACGAGAUGUUUAUGGACAUGGCUAUGUUUGUGGAGACUCAGGGUGAAAUGAUCAAUAACAUAGAAAAAAACGUUAUGAAUGCCGCAGACUAUGUAGAACAUGCUAAAGAAGAAACGAAAAAAGCUAUUAAAUAUCACAGCAAAGCACGGAGGAAAAAGUGGAUAAUUGUGGCCGUGUCACUGGUGCUGGUGGCUGUGAUUGCUCUAAUUAUUGGUUUAUCAGUUGGCAAAUGAUGACGUGGAUGACGUCAGUGUGUGCGCCUCUCUGCCAACGAGGCAAAAAUGAUGUUCAUUAUUAUCUGUGUAAUUAUUUUGCUUGUGAUCCUUGGAAUUAUCCUAGCAACAACACUUUCAUAGCAACUGUAUCCCUGGAGCCGUUGGUCCUUGGAGUCAGACCAUGUCUGCAGCAGUUCUGCAUCCUUCUGUUUCCUGAGUGGAUCCCAGACAUUGUGACGUGUGGCACUGAGUGCCGAUUUUUUAUUAGUGAAUUCAAGAAGAAAACACAACAGAAUGCGUUGUUGGGUGAAAAAACCGUAAGCAGAAUGGAAGUGAUCAGUUAACCCAAACAUCCUUGGAGUCUAAAUAAUACACCACAAAAUUUAACAAUGUGAAACUUGUUUCAAUGGCCUUAGGAUAAGGAAUUAUUGAAAUUUUCAAUUUUUUUUUUUUUUACAUUUCAGUGUUAAAAUGUAUAUGAAGUUUAAUUAGGAAUAUCUUAUGUUAUGAAGCUAUUAGAUUUCAGGUCUAAGCCUUUCUUCCCUCUUCCAGCUAACAUGCUAAGAGACAUUUUUGUAUUAUGUUUAAUUCAUAUUUGUUUACGUUUGUAAAGAAUUAUUUUUAUUAUCACAGAGCUGUUUUGUAAGAUACCUAUAAUUUUAAAUGUUUAUAAAUUGUUUAAUAUAUUAACACCUUAAUUUACUCCAAUUUUAUUAACUAUUGCCUUUUGAAAGAAAUAGGAAGCUUCAUGAUCUUAGAGCCAUCUUUGCACAGUUGUUUACAAAGUUUGCCAUGGGCAUAGAAAACAUUGGUUGCAGAGUACCCCAAAAAGUCUUUCCAGGGCCUUCUGUAAAAAUUGAUUUAUAAGGUUUAAAUGUGCCUGACACCUCCAGGAAAAUCUUGAUUCUUGUACUUAUCGACAUUACUACCUGUUCUGUUACCCCAGAUAAUAAAUUAGUUAUUACACUGUAAA